CACGGUCACGUCAGUGAGGCAGGAACAAGGACAGACUAUUGUACUGUGGCAUAACGCUGUUCACCUCGUUGGUUAUACACCAAUAUUUUGUUUAUUGCACAGGAUAGGAACGUUUCUGAUAGCUUUUUUUUUUUACACUGUCAGCGGUGAUUUCACUACUUGGAUAAAUCGGGAUCAUUGAUUUCGUGUAUUGUUGCUCCAGAUUGAUGCUUUCAUUCACGUGUGUGUGCUGGUGACACUUUUCCAUGGAGAUGCAGGUGGUGCAGCGGGCCAGGGAGAACUUCCUUGCCGGGAGGUCGCGACCCCUGGAGUUCAGAGUUCAGCAGCUCAAGUCCCUCCAGAGGAUGAUCACAGACAGACAGGGAGAGAUCGCCACCGCCCUCAAACAGGACAUCAACAGGAGCCAGUACGACACCCCAUUGUUGGAGCUGAUCGGCCUGGAGAAUGAGAUCAGCCUGGCUGUGUCAAAGCUGGCGCAGUGGGCUGCUCCUCGGCCAGUAGAGAAGAGCCUCCUCACCAUCUCAGACCAGGUAUAUAUCCAGCCAGAGCCCCUGGGAGUGGUCCUCAUCAUCGGGGCCUGGAACUACCCCUGGGCCCUCACCCUGCAGCCCCUGGUCGGGGCCAUCGCGGCUGGCAAUGCCGCUGUGGUGAAGCCAUCUGAGCUGAGUGAAUACUCAGCUAGUCUCCUCAAAGCUCUGCUCCCACGAUAUCUGGACCAGGAGCUGUACCCUGUAGUGUGUGGGGGUGUCUCAGAGACCCAGGAGUUGCUGCGUCAGCGUUUCGACCACAUCUUCUACACAGGGAACAGCACUGUGGGUAAACUGGUGAUGGAGGCCGCAGCCCGACACCUCACCCCUGUGACCCUGGAGCUGGGAGGGAAGAGCCCCUGUUACAUCGAUAAGGACGUCGACCUCAGAGUUGCCUGCCGGCGUAUCACCUGGGGGAAGUUUGUGAACUGUGGUCAGACGUGCAUCGCCCCAGACUACAUCCUGUGUGAACCCAGCAUCCAGAACAGAGUGGUAGAGGGCAUCCGGCAGACACUACUGGAGUUCUAUGGGCCCGACCCCAAAUCCUCCCCUGACUAUGGCCGCAUCAUCAACCAGCGCCACUUCAACCGCGUAAUGGCUCUACUGGAUGGCUACACAGCGGCGCUAGGGGGCCAGAGUGACUCAUCACAGCGCUACAUUGCCCCCACGGUGGUGAAGGACGUGCCCCCCCAUGCUAGGCUGAUGCAGGAGGAGAUCUUCGGCCCUCUGUUGCCCAUAGUGACCGUCAGCGACAUAGAUGACGCCAUCCACUUCAUCAGCGAGAGAGAGAAGCCCCUGGCGAUCUACGUCUUCUCCUCCAACAAGAAGGUCUGGAGGGAGCUAGUGAUAAAGCGAAUGCUGGCUGAGACUACCAGUGGCGGGGUGACAGUCAACGACGUUAUGAUGCACUACACCCUCAACUCUCUGCCCUUCGGGGGUGUAGGUCAGAGUGGAACAGGCAGGUAUCAUGGGAAACACACCUUUGACCAGUUAAGCCACCAUCGGGCAUGUCUGGUCAAGUCCCUGGGCAUGGAGGAGGUCAACAUGGUGUGGUACCCACCCCAGAACCACCAGAAGGCUCGCAGGGUCAGGCUGACCAUGAGGACCCCACUGGUUGACUUCUCUAGGAAAACCUACAUCUGGGCCGUGACGGCCACCGUCUUUGCUUUCGGUCUCUUGGUCACCUUGACUGCCAUCCUGCUAAUUGCUGGUGGCCUGAACUGCACCUGUUGGAGGGUCUGGCAAAUCUGGCGCUAGUCUGUACCUGUAUUGGCCGACGUACACUAACGUUCAACAGUUUGGGGUCACUUAGA